AUGAGCCUGGCUGCCACUGCUGCUGCCUGCGCCGCUGCCUGUGCAGCGUCGAUGGCGGGCUCCGCCGCGGGAACGGGCUCCUCUGCUGCCGGGGCUGCUGGGGCAUUCUCCGCAGGGACUGUGGCCUCAUCUACAGGCGCUGCUGGCUCCUGUGCGGCGGGGGCAUCGCCGGCUGGAGGCGCCUCCACUGGCGGCUGCUCCUCCUGGGGCACCACUGGUUGCUCUGCGUCGGCCAUGGUGAGAAAAAUUGACAAAGUCCCCUCGGCAGCCAGGAAGCUAGCUCCCAGCCGUGCCCCGCCCGCCAGAACAGCCGUGCUGACGAGGGCACGGCACGGCCCGCGGCGGCGCUGGUGGAGCGAGAGCUGGGAAGCGGACGAUGCUGGCGCCGAGGGCUGGGGCCUCGACGGCCCUCUGGCGCCGGGCAGCAGCGAUGCCCCCAUUUUUGUGGACCAGAUCACCACCUUCUUCUGCUCCGACGGCUCGGUUGUGCAGCUGGGCGCCACGCCCCACCUGCUGCAGCAGCUGGAGCGGCGCGGCGCGCAGCGGCGCAGCGAGGGCGACACGCUGCCGCUGCCGGGCGAGCAGGGGCUGUGCAUCGGCUCCGUGUUCCGCAUCAGCGCCACCAACGGCAUCGAGCCAAGCCGCCGCGUCAACCUGGCCGGCUUCUGCUUCUCAACGGAGCAGCUGUAUGAGCGGGUGGAGGACACGGUGCUGGCGCGGGGCGGCGAGGUGUUUGAGACGCAGCGGCUGCUCAAGAGCGGCGUGCAUGAGGCGCUGGUCAUGACUGUGGCCAUCCCGCUGCUGUGGGGCGUGCCGCCAGAGUAUGAGCGGCUCAAGGCAGGCAUCAAGACGGGCGGCGGCAUCAUCGACAAAAUCGAGCGGCAGUGGGUCAUCUACUGA